AUACCGGAAGUGACACUGUCACAGGAACUUCACAAGCGCAGGUGAAAAAAUGGCGCACGCCAUACGAAUGCCAAAACAUAGGUGGGCGGACUUUGUCAUGCUAGGUUUCUAUCCGCCACUAUGGAAGAUUCCCCCAGUGAAACGUGCCACCACCUACCGCUUGAUGUCGCUGGCAGGAGAGACUCUGCGACCACUAGAGGGUGUUAGAGUGUUAGACCUUACCAGAGUGCUGGCUGGUCCCUUUGCCACCAUGAUCCUGGGUGACCUGGGAGCCGAAGUCAUUAAAGUAGAGCGACCAGGUUCAGGUGAUGACACCAGACAGUGGGGUCCUCCCUUCGUCGGCUCGGAGAGUGCUUAUUUUCUUAGCGUCAACAGAAACAAGAAAAGUAUUGCCAUCGACAUGAAACGUCCUCAGGGAGUGAAGAUUCUCACAGAGCUGGCAGAAGUGUCUGAUGUUGUCGUAGAAAACUUUGUCCCAGGAAAACUACAACAGAUGGGUUUAGGGUACAAUCAGCUCAGUGGCGUGAACCCUCGACUCAUUUACUGCUCUAUAUCAGGUUAUGGACAGACUGGUCCUCAGUCUCAGUCUCCAGGUUAUGACUCCAUCGCCUCUGCAGUAUCAGGGAUGAUGCACAUCACGGGACCAGAGGGUGGUGACCCGGUGCGUCCAGGCGUAGCUAUGACUGACCUGGCGACAGGACUGUACGCACAUGGAGCCAUUAUGGCUGCUCUGCUGCACAGACACAAUACUGGGAGAGGAGUCCACAUAGACUGCAACCUGUUGUCUUCACAGGUCUCCUGUCUGAGCCACAUCGCAGCUAACUACCUUAAUGCAGGGAAGGAAGCCAGACGGUGGGGGACGGCACACGAGAGCAUUGUUCCUUACCAGGGCUUCAGAACUAAAGACGGACACAUCGUCGUUGCCGCAGGAAAUGACAAGCAGUUUGUAAAAGUGUGUGAGGUCUUAAAGUUGACGUCACUAACACAGGAGCCAAAAUAUAAGACCAACAAACUGAGGGUACAGAACAGACGGGAACUGAUAAACCUGCUAAACCAGAGGUUCAUGGAGGAGACUACGUCUGAUUGGCUAAGGAGGUUUACAGGCUCAGGUGUUCCUGUUGGACCAAUCAACAGCAUCCAGGAAGUUUUCGCUGACCCUCAGGUGAAACAUAACGACCUUAUACAGGCGAUGAAUCAUCCAACAGCAGGACGUAUUUCUGUACCAGGUCCUGCCGUGCGAUACAGCAGCUUUUGCCCUAGCGAAGCCACGCCCCCUCCUCUGAUUGGACAGCACACCACACAGGUGCUGCGGGAAACCUUGUCCUAUAGUGAUGAUGUCAUAACAGACCUGCUGGAGUCGGGGGCAGUGGCUCAAAAUGAAGUCUCCUGAUUUGAUGGCAGAUGGAGACGCACUGAUAACUGAACACUUCCAGCCUGGACGAUCGCAAGACGAUAACACACUUUAUAAUUUAACAUGAAAAAUUGGUCAUGUUGAUCACCUGUAUUUAGAAUUUACUCUAAAUAAUGUCAGUAAUCUACGAAUAAUACUACCUUCAUGGAGAAUAUAGUAGUUUAAAGCAGACGUUUGGUCACAAUCUGUUCCGUUCUCCAAUCCUGGACAUGACGUCUCAUUCAUUGAAUGGAUCCAUUCUUGGUGCCAAGGAUCAAGGUGUCAAGAUGGACAUCUCUCAUUAACCUUCAAUUAUUCAACCUCUGUAUAAAAACUGACAAUUCUCAGACCACUUCCUGCCUAUAACUGAAACAUCAGAGCUUUUUUAUUUUUCAUUGUUUUCUCGGAACAACAUCACUACUAACAAACAAAGUAAAACAUCUGCACUAGGUUUUAUUCAAUCGUUUUAUAUGCAUAAUUUUACUUAUUUUAAAAUUGUUUUGGUUUAAAUUUGUUUCAUUAACACAAACUGACCACACGAGGCAGCAGUGAACCAGUGUCCCCAUGAUCAUUCAUUUCAGUUCUCUGAGGAGAUUCUUGUACCAUUUUGGCCCAAAUCUUUGAUUUAUAAUAAAAAUCAAUUUUUUAAAUUAAAACCAAAAUCAUCAGCCGACAGAGUGGAAAUACCUCAGUAAAGCUGCAGAAAUGUGAUCUACUGUUAAGUAAAUUUUUGUAGUGCACUUCAAAUGAUUUCCUCUUACCUUUUUUCCACACACAGAACCUGGACAGAAGCGGCUGAUCUGCCUCCUGUUCCUCCCGAGGUAAUGUGUAGGAGCUGCUGAGCUUGGCCUGGACGUCGGGAGCAAACGGUUGACAUGUUGAUGAAUUGAAAAUGCGGUCCCUCGGUGGAGAGCAGAUAAAUUGUGUUGAAUGCACUGUUUAUUGAAUUUGAGGAAAUGUGACGCAUCUGGACGGUGACAGAGUCUUCAGGAAGAUACGGACUGACAUGUUUACACCGGGGGAGGAGGAGAAGAUGGAAUGAGGAGGUUCAGGUGCCAUUCAUCACAAACCCCCAAGACUGACCCCCACCUCCUCACUCCAGAAGUGCAACCACGCUGCUCUGGGAUCAGAUGUCGUUUUCCCGAGAAAAGUGAUGCUUCUUGCAGGAUGUCGUGACGUAGAACCAAACCACCUUUGCUCCAAUAAACAUCUGCAGCUUCAUGUGACACUGGAGAAUGAAGGAAGGUUGAGCUGGAGGCUGAGGAGACGUCAGAGCUGAGGACCUGUUACUGCUUCAUCAACAGGUCCACCAGUCCAAGCUGUGUCCCAUUUUCGAGAUCAUCAGAACACACAGUGAUUGGAUCUACACCGGUUUCCAAAGGUUACGUCAACAGCUGCCGACUGGAGCCACUGAACUGUUCAUGAUGUUAACGUUGUGAAGGAACCGCAGAUUCCAGAUUUUCCUCCUGGAAACAAAUGGAGGUUUUUGUUUCCAUCGUCAGGAAUCCCCCCAAACAACGAGAGCUGGAAAUUUUCUGCAGCUGGAAUCUUUCCACCAGGAAGCAACAAAAUAAAACUCUGGAGAGACCAUCACGUCUAAGAGUGUGUGCACGUGUGUGUGUUUAUUCCACAUGUGUGUGUUUAUUAUACGUGUGUGUGUGUGUGAGAGAGAGAGAGAGAGAGAGAGAGAACUAUGGCUACUGGGUCUGAAGGUUCAGGCAGGACAUUUCACCUCACUUCACCCACAGUGGUCAGUGAUGACAUCAGCAGGCUGGAUGACAUCACAGCAGCAGGUCAGCUGACCCCCUCCAGGGUCAUUGGGCCAAUUUUUGCCACAUGUGUUCUGUUUGAUUGGAGCUGAUGUUUGGACUCGAUCACAGUGCAUUCAAGGACAAUCAGAUGUUUGGGAAUUUAACAGAAGAGAAAAAAAAUAUACAUACAGUUAGACUUCAGAGAAGAUGGAGCGGAGUGAGCGGAAAGGAAGGAAGAGUGAAGUGAGGAAGGAAAAAUGAGUGUUGGAAAAAGACAAAAAGAAGAUGGAAGAAAAUUGAAGUUUGUAAAGAGCAUAAGGAGAUGGAGAAAUGUCGUGAUGCUCUUGCAGCUGUAACGUUCUUGCUGAGAUGGAAGGAAAUAUGGACCUGUUUGAGAAGUGAAGAAAAGAUGGAGAAAAAAAAA